UGAAUAUUGUUGUUGAGGGUUGAUAUUUUUAUGGAGUUUAUGACUCUUUUUUUCACUGUCUACUCGUAAAUACUUGUUUCUUUCUGCACAUUUACAAGGAUAAAAAUGGAAGACAACAUUAAAACCUGUUGUAGAAUAUGUUUGGACGUCGAGACGAAACAUGUGUCCAUUUUUGAAGAUCCGGUUGUUCUCUUACAUAUAAAAUCGUGCUUAUCAAUCAACGUAAACACUAACGAUGACCUUCCUAAAGAAAUCUGCGUAGUUUGCAUAUCGCAGUUAUGCGACUUUUACAAUUUCCAGCAAAAUGCUAGAUGUUCACAAGACUGGCUAGAAUCUUCUAUUCAGUCAAAAACGAAGAAAUCAGAAACUAAAACUUACGUACAACCAUUACCUGAUUCUGAAUACAAUUCGGACUCACUCCUAGAAUUUCUAAACAAUACAGCAAACAUAGAGGAAUAUCUAAACAAUUUAGGUAAAGAAGAUAUCCCUUCCAUAGUAAGUUUGCUUGAUAAAACAAGCGAUCAUAACAUAGAGUUCACAAAAACAAUUAAUAAAGUUACCAAACAGGCUAGUCCUAAAAAAAGAGAGUCACCAAAAACAAAGAAAUGUAUUAAAAUGGAUAUAGAUGUUUUAGAUUCUGAUGUAGAGUUGGUAAAAGAAAUAUUGUUUAAAGAGACAGAGCCUAAAACUAAAAGCAAUCAUGUAAAAAAUGAUAAGACAAUAUGUUUUGGCUGCAAAGCUAAAUUUGAUAAUGUACAAAAACUGUCACAACACUUGUGUAUAUGUGAAAAUGCAUCUAGAACAUGCAUACAUUGUAAUGUACAAUUUGAAUCCAAGAAAAAAAUGAAAAAACACUCAAUUAUUCAUGGAAUAUUAACACAAAUGAUUUGCAACUGUGGUAAACAAUUUACUAACAAAGAAUUACUUGUAAAACAUUACAACAGUUGUCAAGCUGACCAAGUGUCUAUGUUAGGUUUGUGUCACCGCUGCAAACAGUGCGGAGUUAUCUUUAAAGACAGAUUGGAGCUCUACAAACAUGUAAAGCAGCAUUUAAUUAAAUCUGCUGAAAAGAUUUGUGAUAUAUGUGGACAUACCUUUAUUGGUAAUGACAGAUUAGCUAAACAUAAAAAAGAAGAACAUGAAAAACUGGAAAACUUAUUGUAUAGGUGUAAGAUUUGCAAUAAAAUAUCAGGAAACCACAAAGAAAUGUACAUGCAUGUACAAAAUCACACAAAACAAGUUGCGAGCAGUCACCUGUGUGAGUCAUGUGGUCACAGUUUUGCAACAAAAGCUACAUUACUUCGUCAUUCUUUGCAACAUGCUGCACAAAAUGAUCAUCAAUGCUCAUUCUGCUCUAAAAAGUUUCCUGAUGCAAAAUCUAAUUAUGAACAUCAAUUAAAACAUAGUGAUAUUGUUAUGUGUGAUAAAUGUGGUGAGAAAGUAGAUAGACAUAAAUUAGAAUGUCAUCUGUGCGUUUAAAUAAAAUCAACUAG